AUGUCAACAACGGAUGCACACAUAAGAUAUUAUAUUUGGCUUAUAGAUUCCAACAGCACAAUCAAGCCGGCAAGAUUAAGUGUGAGGGAGGCUAUGAAACGGCCUAACGAAAGUUGGCGUAAGAUUACCACUAAAUACAAGGUUUAUAAAGAAUGUGUCAAGCAAAUUUUUCGCUUUGAUGAAAAUAAUGAAAGAACUAUCAAGAAAUAUAUUUUGAAAAGUAUGAGAAGGUCUUGGAAGGAAACAAGGCUAAGGUUGUAUGAUGCCUUUUACGAGCCAACAUUCACAUUUGAACAAAAUAUUGAGCACCGUCCACCGGGAAUUAAUCGAGAGCAUUGGAGAAAGUUCCUGGAAUAUCGCGCCAAAGCUGAGAUGAAGAAAAAAAUUGAGAUUGAGCAACAUGAUGAGUCUUCUAGAGUGUUGUCUCAAAAUAAUUCCAUUGCUCAGGUUUUCGGAAAAGAGAAACCGGGUAGAGUACGUGGUAUGGGUUUCGGUCCGACUCCUACUCAACUCUUCGGUUCAAAUUCACAUGUGCCAGGUAACGGAGUCGAAGUAGAAGAGACCCAGAGAAAGCUGCUUGCACUACAGGCAGAGCUGGAUGGCGAGAAGUUGAAGAGGAAGAAGAUGGAGGAUGAGGCAACAGCAGAGAAGAAAAAGAUGCAAGCGAUGGAGAGAGAUCUGAUUUAUCUAUUUCAAAGGCAGGGUGAGGAGCUGCCACGAGACAUCGCUGUAGAGACGAGUUCCGUGGAAUGA